AUGCUUAGUUUAAUUGCUAUUUUCUUUUUUCUUAUCACCAUUUUUUUUUUAUUAUAUAAUAACAUCUAUAAUAAUAAAAAUAAUAAAAAUAAUAAUAAUGAAAAUAAUAAUAAUGAAAAUAAUAAUAAUAAUAAUAAUAAUAAUAAUAAUAAUAAUAAUAAUAAUAAUAAUAAUAAUAAUAAUAAUAAUAAUAACAACAACAAAAAUCAACAACAAUAUCAACCAAAUGGAAGUUUUAACUAUUUUCAGCAACCAAUAUAUCAAUCACCACAACAACAAACACAACAAAAUUACCAACAAUAUGAGUUUUUGAACUAUUAUCAGCAACCAACCAAUCAAUCUCAACCACCAAUGAAUCCAUUCCAAAGUCAAUAUCAAUCUUCAUACCAUCCACAACAAAAUUAUCAACCAAAUGGAAAUUACAACCAAUAUCAGCACCCAAAUCAUCAAUAUCAAUCUCCACCACAACAAACACAACCACCAAUGAAUCCAUACCAUAGAAAGAGAUCAUUGGAAGCUUAUAAAAAUGAAAUGGAGUCAAAUAAAAAAUUAAAAAUUGAUGAUGAAGAUAAAUUAAAAAAAUCUUAUGGAAUUUCAAAGAGAUCAUUGAAAUCUGACGAAAAAGAUGAUCUUUUCAAAAAGAAAUUUAAAUUUGAAGAUUAUUCAAAUAAAUUUAACGAAUUUUCAAAGAGAUCAUUGGAUGUAGAGUCCAAUAAGAAAUUUAAAAAAAAUAGAUCGAAUAAUGGAAUUUCUAAGAGAUCAUUGAAUGCUGAUGAAUUAGAUGCCAAAUACAAUAAAAAAUUCAAAUUUGGUGAUUAA